GCGGCGGUGUGAUUCCGGGCGGGGGCGGCGCGAUGGGGUGACGGACGAGGUCCAGGGCGGCGACUCGUCAGCGCCAGCGCUGGGAGCAGCGCCAGCUCAGCCUUUGUGGGAGACCCGCGAUGAGCGCAGAGGAGGCGGCACGCGGCCCGGCCGACUAGCAUGUGGUACCUACGCGCGGCCGCGCUGCUGUGUCUCAGCUGGCCGGCCACCGCCGCGUGCCCGCCGCCCGAGCGACAGCCGCGCUGCCCCUGCUACGACUUCGACGGCGGCCUCUUCGUCGACUGCAACACGGUGAACGCGUCCGAGGUGGUCGGCGCGCUGGCGCAGGUCCACGGGCCGGUCAAGUCGCUGAGGGUGUACGAGCUGGAGCCGACGCUGCGGGAGCUGCCGGCGGGCUUCCUCGGCAACGGUACUGUGCGGGAGCUGCAGAUCUCCCAGUCCGGCCUGCAGCGACUGAGCGAGCUCAGCCUGGCCGGCGGUGGUGCCGUGCUCCAGAGCGUCGCGCUGGUGCGGGGGAAACUGGGCUCGGUACCACGGGCGGCGCUGGCUGGGCUGCCACAGCUGGUGAAGCUGGAUCUAGAGCACAACGAGAUCAGACAGCUGGAGAGCUACGACUUCCACGGUCUGAGGCUCGUCUCACUCGAUCUCAAGAGUAACGGCAUAGAGACUGUGUCUGAGUACGCCUUCGCCGGCCUCGAGGAGACUCUGGUGUCGCUGAACGCUGCCAAGAACCAACUAACGCUCUUCCCUCUCAGUGCCCUGCGCCGGCUAAAAGCACUUACCACACUGAACCUCGGCUGGAACCACAUAGACAAGAUGGUACACGACGGCUUCAGUAGGUUUGAGCGUCUGGAAACCCUGGAUCUCAGUGCGAACCAGUUCAUUGCGCUGACGAGCGGUACGUUGGCGGCAUUUCCUGCGCUACGGAGGCUUUCAAUGCACAUGAACCAGGUGGAGCACGUGGAUCCCUCCGCGUUCACCGGUAAUCGUCUCCUACAGUCGCUUGACCUCAGUCACAACCGACUGCGGGCGCUGCCGGCGGGCCUCUUCGCCCGGUGUCCAGCGCUGCGUACCGUAGACCUGAACGGGAACCAUCUCCACCAGAUCCCAGACGGUCUCUUCGACGCUCAUUCGGACCUGAAAGAGCUCUUUCUCGCCAAUAACAACCUGCUGCAGAUCGCUAACGAGACGUUCGGCAACGCUUCUCGCCUAGCGGUGUUGCAUCUCCAGAACAACGCCAUAGAGCGAGUGGAGGCGGACGCCUUCGCUGCUCUUCCACAACUGGCGCAGCUGCAUCUGAACAGGAAUCAGAUCCCUGAGCUCCCAGCUAUGGUGUUCCACGCCACCAAGGGUCUGACUGUUCUCAGUCUGGACGGCAACAAGCUGAAUUAUCUCCCUGAGGGACUGUUCUCUCAGCUGGCCAAUAUCCGUGAGCUGCGGCUACAAAACAAUCGGCUAUCUUCGGUACGCGCCGACGACUUCGCGUCCCUCACGAGCUUGCAAGAGCUUCACCUGCAACAGAAUCGUUUACAAACGGUGGGCGAUGCAGCAUUUGUUGGCCUUCACAACCUGCAGCAUCUAAAUGUGCAGGGGAACCAGGUGCGCCAGCUUGGCGGCGUGCUCAGCAGUACGCCCACCAAUCUCAUCUCAUUACAACUGGACGCCAACGCUCUGACUGGACUCUCAGAUUCCACGCUUCGUGGACUCACCGUGCUGGAAAUCCUGGGUCUAAACGGCAAUACGAUCGCUUAUCUACCACCUGGUGCACUAAGUGAUCUGAGGAGCCUGCGAAAGCUGUAUCUGCAAGAUAACCUGUUGACUGAACUGCCGAACGGUACCUUUGCUAGCUGUGGCGAACUAACCGUUCUCGACCUUAGUCGCAACAAACUCCGUCGGCUUGAUCAGCACAGCUUUGCUGGGCUACGGAGUUUGACAAGACUUGACCUAUCAGGGAACGCAAUCAUGGAUAUUGCACCCAGGACCUUUGAAACGCUCACGAGUCUUCGUGAGCUAGACCUGAGUGAAAACGAGAUCCCUGUGACACAUAGGACAAUGUUUGAAGGCGGUGUGCCGCUCCGCAGACUGGUGCUGCGUGCUUGUUCCAUUACACGAAUCGAAGAAGGCACCUUCCAGGACUUACCGGAACUGGAGGAGCUCGACUUACGGGGAAACAUGCUGGAAAAGUUGGUGCUCGGCUUUAUGUGGAUUUCGACACUAAAACGGCUCUCGGUAUCGUUCAACAAUGUGCGUGAACUCGACCGAAGCGUCUAUCACGGAGUGCCCAUGCUUGAAACACUCGAAAUGGAGAAGAUGAACCUCAACAGUGUUUUUGUUAGCCUCGUGGCAGACAACACACAAAUCAAGGUGAUAAAGCUCGGAUAUAACAAGCUCACGCACAUUGACCCUGCGUUCUUUGGUAAUUUAGUGUUUCUGCGUGAGCUGCACCUGAACUUUAAUCUAUUCAAGAGUGUGUCCUUUCCUGAACUGCGCAAUCUUGAGGUAUUGAACCUGGCGCACAAUCAGCUCUCAGAACUCUCAGAUGUGUCAGUGCGUGGCUUAACUGGUCUUAAAAUUCUCAACCUUUCUAACAAUAUGAUCUCACGUGUGUCGUCUCGGCCGUUCGCGAACCUGGACAGACUUAACACCGUCCUUUUGCAACACAAUUUCCUGAAAGUCGUAGCACCGGGCUCCUUUUAUCGUGCAUCGAUCGUGACACUAAACCUUGCCUUCAACGAGUUCGACAUGAUUCCACGUUUCGUGACGUCCGACUCGCUGGAGUCGCUGCGCAGUCUGAACCUCACCGGCAACCCUCUGCGAAAGCUGCUUAGCGAGGAGCAGCAGAACGUCGGACGGCUCCCAGCUCUAGAACAGCUGACCGUCUGCAGCACAGCCCUCACCAACAUCGCCUCCAACGAGCUCGGCAUCUUCCCGAAACUGCGAGAGCUGCGGCUCUGCGACGGCCGCAUCACGCGGGUGUCCCCGGGGGCGUUCCGGUCUCUCUCGCAGCUCCGCUCGCUGGAUCUGAGCGGUAACGCGCUGGAGCGCCUUCCCGCCGAGCGUCUGCGCGGCCUGCACGCGCUCCGCCGGCUGAACCUGACGCAGAACAUGCUCCGUGAGCUGGACCGUCUGCCGGCCGACCUGGCGGCGCUGACCUCUCUUGACCUCAGCGGUAACGCUCUGACGGACAUACCCCCGGAGACGCUGUCUGCUCUGACGGCGCUCACCGAGCUGAGAGUGGCUGACAAUCGCCUCCGCCGGCUGGACGGGCGCAGUCUGACCGGCCUGUCCGAGCUGCAGCAGCUCGACCUGGCCGAUAACGCGCUGCCGCGUCUGCCGCUGCAGCUGCUGUCAACGGUGGAGGUGCGACUGAAGUAUAUUGCGCUCACAGCGGCGAUUCCGCUGAUAGGACACGAGAUGCCAAUCUGCCGAGCUGGCUGCUGUGGCGGCUGCACCAGGACCGGGGUGCGGUGA